AUGUCUGCUAUUGUACCUAUUACCGGAACACUCAGAAAGAGAAUUAUUGCCGACAUCGCGAUCGGAUUUGCGAUUGGUGGUGCCAUGGGCUCUUACUGGUGGUGGGGGUUCCACAAGGGCAAAAUCAACAAAAGGGAGGACUUUUACUCUAAACUUGCUGCUGAAAAAGCUGCUGAAAACUGA